AUGGAUCUGAUUUGGUUGCAAUCGUUCUGAGUUUUUCCUUUUUUGUUCAUAAAGUAUGGUGCUUUGUUAGAUCGGAUCAAGACUCUUCAUUCUCGUCUUUACUAGCUUGUUUUCAUGUCUUUAUAUAGUUUGAGAUUGUUAGCAUGGAAGGAAUCAUUGUGAGAAGAGUUAUACCAUCUGACAACAGUUGUCUCUUCAACGCAAUCGGUUAUGUCAUGGACAAGGACAAAAAGAAAGCUCCUGAGCUGAGACAGGUGAUAGCAGCUGCAGUUGCAAGCAACAAGGAGAAAUAUAACGAAGCAUUUCUAGCGAAGCAAAAUGAAGAAUAUUGUGCUUGGAUUCUCAAUCCGGAGAAGUGGGGAGGUGCAAUUGAGCUUUCUAUAUUAGCAGAUUAUUAUGGUCGAGAAAUUGCAGCUUAUGAUAUUCAGACUAGUCGAUGUGACCUGUACGGACAGACAAGAAACUACAGCGAACGAGUUAUGCUGAUCUAUGACGGUCUUCACUAUGAUGCCCUCGCUCUGUCUCCAUUUGAAGGAGCCGAGGAAGAUUUCGAUAUGACUAUCUUUCCAGUUGGUAAAGAUAGAUCCAUUGGGUCAGUCGAAGGGCUUGUUCUAAAUCUAGUAAAAGACCAACAAAGUAAAAGGAGUUACACAGAUACUGCAAACUUCACUCUGCGUUGUGGUGUAUGCCAAAUUGGAGUCAUUGGACAAAAGGAAGCUGUGGAGCAUGCUCAAGCAACUGGUCAUGUUAACUUUCAAGAAUACAAAUAAGAGAAUGAUUGGAAUUGAUUCUUUCACACAAUUCCAAGAAAGGGAUAUAAGUAUAUUACCAAACAAAAUGAGAAAAAAUGAUAAGCUGUGCUUAGUUUAGUUUUUUCUGUUGUCAACAAUUCAAACUUCAGUCUGUUGUGCAAUUAUCUUACGUUGUCGUCAUUUGCCUUUGGGUUUAAAAUGAAAAUUCCGACUAUACUUUUACUAUAUA